AUGGUUGAAGUUGUAGAACGAAUGAAGGGAAAAAAGAUAGUCAAAGCCCUUGUGUAUGGCAAUACUGCUAAUCCGUUUGGAUAUAAAAGAGAAUCUGAUGGUCACACUCAUCAUUGGACUAUAUUUUUACGGUCUUUCAAUAACGAGGAUUUAUCUAAGUUUAUAAGAAAGGUUCAGUUCAAACUGCAUGACAGUUAUGCUAAUUCAACUAGAGUAGUGGAGAAGCCUCCUUUCGAAGUAUCAGAGACGGGUUGGGGAGAAUUUGAAAUACAAAUACGGAUAUAUUUCAUAGAUAUGAAUGAAAAACCGGUGACGGCGUUCCAUUACUUAAGGCUAUUUCAACCUGUGUUUACUACAGCGACGGGAAAGAGUGAAGUGAUUGCAGAAUUUUACGAUGAACUAGUCUUCCAAGAACCAACGCUACCUAUGUAUAAUGCUUUGACCGCAGGAGAUGGAAAAAAGAAUGACCACAAAAAGUUCCAUAAUGACUUGGGACAAGUUUUAAGACGCACUCAGGAGUUAGGUGAAUCGGCCAAGGAAGAGGUUCAACAAGAAAUUGAUGAUCUCCGUGAAGCAUUGAGAGCUGCACACAAAUUAAUGUUAAAGAAUCGUGGCGAUGACCAAGGAUCUUCUAGUAACACACCUAGUGUGUCUAUAAGUCAAGAUUGA